CCGCUUCCUGCGUGCUUUACAACAGAACAGAGCACAGUCGGGGCUUCUUUAUUUGUUAAUCAAAAAAUAAUACGAAAUCAAUAUUUGAGCAACGACCAAAUUCAUUUUCAAGACAUAACUUCCAAACCAGAACAAAAGAUUGAUGUAAUUUUCGGACGGUUGUUGUCAAUUAAAUCUCAUUGAAUCUAAGAACUCAAAACUACGAAAUCAAUAUUUGAGGCACGACCGAGAUCAUUUUCAAGAAAACCUCCACACCAAUUUGAAUUUUCAAUUUUCAGAAAGGAUGAGAAUCAAAUGGACAACUGUACGCACCAUGCAACUACUGCAUUUUCGUAUAAAAGAAAAACUAACCACGCAAUCCCGAUUUAAUAUAUUUUACCCAAAGAAACACUAAAGCGAAAUUAAGCACUCAGAAAUUAUCCCAGUAUUCCCAGUGAAUCUGAAUCUCAGGUCAUUAGGUCCGGAAGGUUGACUUCAAGUUUAUAUGACAACGCUUCCUAUCUCUGAGCAAGAUAUGAGUUAGUCAUUGUUUUUACAGUCAUAAUUUUAAACAUUAUGCCAUCCUUAUUCACUGUGAGCAGCUGUUUUCAGAUGAGAAACCAUUUGAAUUUGUAAUUCAAAUUUGAAGAAUCAAAUACGAUUAUAUCAACACUGCGAAAUAUUCCAUUUUUCAUAAACUUAAAAGAUGAAGAUUUUACGAGAGCCAUGCAUGAUCCUUAUUUCAAUCAUUAUGCCACAUUAUUAGCUGUUGGCAGCUGCAACCAGAUGAGAAACCAUUUAAAUUUUUAAUUCAAAUUUGAAGAAUCAAAUAUGAAUAUAUGAGCACUCCGAAAUAUUCCAUUUUUCAUAACUUGAAUUGAAGCUUUCACGAAAGCGUAAACAUGGCGUCAAAUCUCUCCCUAUGUUUCACGCUAAGCACAUUACUUGCAUUCACAAGUUCAAGGAUGUUAUGCCCGAGAAUUUUCUUUCAAAAUAUCGACGAAAACACCAUGCCCUACAAAAUCAUCGAAGGCGUUUACAUUGAGGAGGACAAUUACCACAACAAUUUCCCAGUCUUUCGCAGGGAGAACGGCAGCUUGCUAUUUUAUCACACCGUCGAUAAUAAAGGUAAACAUUAUUUGGUUUUUGGAGUUAAUCUGAAAGACUAUUUUGGCGUUGCUGCUCUUCUUCAUAGGGAUCCCUCGUCUUGGUUGAGUUCAGGGAUUUCAAUCGACAUGAAUGAUGUAUUUGGUGGAAUCGUGAGCCACUGGGAAUUCUACAAUACCCGUGAUCAGACCACAUACCACCUGUCGACCUUGUCUUCUUCCAGAAUCAAAGCUGUCUGUGUGGAUAAAGAUUUCAGAGAAUGUAACUCGGAGAGAGUUUCCUUGAGCAAGAACUUAAAGGAUAAAGGAGGAAUCAUUUUGAACGAUCCCGCAAAAGACUAUUUCUUUCGCCUAGAGGGCACGUAUCUCAAUCUUCGUCCUGUCUAUUUUCACAGCAACCAGAAAUGGUAUUUACAGUACGUGGACGGCUAUUGGGUGGUUACUGGUUCGAACAGACCAAGAAAUUCCGAAGACCAGGCUUACCUGAGGGUGAAGGAUUUUGCUCUAAGACCUGAAUACAUCAGAAAAACUUGGUCGAUAUAUUACAAUGGAUGGUUUUGGAUUGACAUGCCCGACAUUAGAGUCCUGUGUAGGGGCAGCAAAGCAAAUUGCAUUUUGCAAUGCUCCGUGAACAAACAGUGCCCAACACCACAGCCCAAAGUCAGCACGGAGCUCAAUUUUGUCUACCUGGGAAAACGACCCGGUGAUCUUGGCAUGGCAUUCUGCAGUGGAUCGCAUCCCUCCACGAGGUAUUAUCUGUGUGUACCUAGCAGUUAUAGCUCGUACUGGAGCGGACAAGGAUCUUUCUGCUCAGCCAAAGACCCAACUACUCGAGGCACGCCCAAGGCUAAACCGGCCAUCAACUAUGAUGACAACCCUAGUGUAGUCCCAGCCGUGAUCACCGUGGCUGUCCUCGUGCAGAUCCUUUUGCCAUUCGUCUUGUGGUGUUGUGCUUUGUGCAGGCAAUCGUGCAGGGAAGAGGAGAAGAAAGAAGACGACGACAGUAGCAUGGAGAAAGCUGGUGAAGAAUUGGAAAGGCGUUUUCAAAGAGUUUCCACAGCGGGAAGUCAGGAAGAACUCAACCAAGGCAUCAAAGAAUACCGACAAGCACUAAAAGAAUACAAAAAGGAAAGUAAGGAGGAGGAACUUAAGCACCUUAAUGCAAGUUUAUGCAGGAUCAUUUCCAUGGACGCGUUUUUCUCAUUCUAUCUUUGGCUUAUCUACUAUGUUGGUUGUGACGUGACCCAUUGCACUAACUACGGUUCAGUCUUUGAGAUAUUGAGAAUCUUCGCUAUUGUGAUGCUUUGUCUUUCUCCUGUGAUCGUUCUGUUAGAGAGCUGCGUCUCUCACGAACUCGAUUACCUCAGCAACAUCAUGGAAGACGAGACGGCUUGGGGGUACAUGCAAAGAAUGCACGAGGUUCCACCGAGGAUCAAUAUGGUUGUAGAAUGCUACCAUUACGAAACACAAACGCGAGUUGUUCACUACACGGACGCUAACGGAAACCAGCAGUCCCGCACGGAGACCAAGAAACAGAAAGUAGUGACGUAUGUAGACCGUGACGGAUUCUCUUUCGGUUCGUGGGUUGAUGUUUCCGGAAACGAUAUGCCACCUCUAAGUACUGUAGCUCUAACCUUAGUCAAGAUCGACUCAAGCAUCGUCUUUGGCGACCAAGAAACUGCAGAUGGCUAUGUGCGACAAGUGGCAGCAAUGUUGGCGAGAAAUCGCCAUCGUGAUGAGUUCACUGAUUACUCCUCGAGUAAAGAAAUUCCUGGACUAAUGAAGCGGAUUUCUGCGUACGUGGAUUUAAGGGUGAAGCCAUUUUGGAUUCGGCCGCGGUUCUUCUGGAUUGCCACCUUGUUGCAGAUGACUUGGCCUUACCGCUGGCUAUUCAGAGCCAAGACAGCUAAGACCCACUAUGUCCUGAAGAAAAAGAUGUACAAGAGCACAACACCACCGAUCGAGGUAGACUUGAUGGAUCCCAUUGCAGUACCGAAUGACAAUGCAUUCUCAGACGUGAAUUCCAGUGGUCCUGACAACAGCUGCCCAGGUUACCCAAUAUCUGCAAUGAAUAAUCCAGGAGGAGGCAAUCCCACCAUCCAAAGCGGUGAAACAGCAUAUCCACCUGUUAAUCCAUACCUCGGACAAGGCCAUCCAACCCAAGACGUUAGCACUAUGUACCCAGCUCACAAUUCAGAUGUUGUAGGACCCUCGUUUCCUCCUUAUCCAGUGGUAUCUCAGCCAAAUGCACCUAUCCCAUCAGAUGUUGCAGUGAUGAAUUAUCCAGCUCAAGAAAGCCGUGCACCGUAUUCACCGCACAGUCCAUAUAGCGGACCUGCAUUUCCCGUUUAUCCGCCUGUCGGACCGCUACCAAGUGUACCUCCGCCAUCUUAUGAGGCAGCUGUAGGUUACAGCCCCCAGCCAAGCAACGAGCACAAGCUUCCUACAGUGUAAUGCUAAAGAGGGUAAUUUCUUUUUACUCUCGACCAUUUUUUUAUAGCCUGCGUGCAGACACCCACCAUUUCCUUUCACAUGAAAAAAGCGUCUGCAGGGAGGUUACCCGUCUCGAUCCCAAGACCACCCAGGCCAUACACUGGACAUAUAUUUCCAGCUAAUCCCACCAAAUUCCAACCUAUUGCACCACCGCCGUUAUACGAGGCAGCUGCAUGUAGGGCACUCAAGUAUAUUCAUUACAAGAGCGGUACAAUGAAAAAACCCAAAGAACCGCACACAACUUAGACGUCCAUGGGUGGACCUACCACAAGUCGACCUUCGCAUAAUCCAUCGCUUAAUCAUCUCCCUCGAGCGAAGCGAGAGCGCCAUCCUCGAACGCCGAAUUUGCGAGCGCUAGCGACGUAAAUCGCGGGCGGAACAAACAAACAAUCCAGGGAAAUCUUAUUGAAAAGGACUUUUAGAACGUUUAGGCCAUGUGUACCAAUGUACAUCACGCACACCUUACAUCUUCCACCUCCCUCUCCUUUGGAUUCAAGUCCUUCAAAAAAAUCAAAUGACUGUCCCACGAAAUAAACCUCAGCUGAUUCCUGUGUAAUGCCUGAAUUUCCCCAGAACUGAAACAAUAAAUAUUAAGAGGGACGCAUAAUCCUGUAGGUACUGUGGAGCACGCCUUGUUGGGUAAUAUUCCUGCACAGUGUUGGUGCUGGUAUCUGUGGCUCUGCCGAAUGCCAAGUACGUCAAACGUCUUCACCUGAUACUCUCUCUGAAGUGGGGAGUGGCGGCUCACGUUAGGGUGUGCAAAUAAUCGUUAGACUCGUUUUUCCUUAAAAUCAACUUUAAGCUCGGAAACUCGAAUUCACACGUUUUCUCGACUCUCCGCCUCGACUAGACUCGACUAUCGACUUUUUCUCGUUUAGAACCUUCGACUUGACAACUCCUACUUGACUUCGUGUUGCAAUUAUAAAUUGGUUAUACUGGUUUACACAUGACGUAAGCGCAUGGAAGUGAGGCGAUUUCAAGA